AUGCCUGCUGUUCAGAGACAGGAGCUGGUGCUGUACAGCGACCACUCCGUGUUCGGAGACGUGUUGCUCGACGGGUCGCACCGGCGGCUCGCGUGCGUGACCGCGACGAUGGCCGCGCAGCCACUGUGGUUGCUCGCACAGCUCGUCGAGGCGGCCACAUCUGUAAACCGCGGCGGCGGCGGCUCAGCCGCCGCCUCCAGUGUCGUUGUUGCGUCGUUCGCACACGAUGCCACACACUUCCAAGCAGCGUUGCAGCGUGCGAAGGUCCCCCCCACAAGCUGCCUCGUCGUCGACUGGCUCACUGAUUUCGUCGUGGGGGCCGCUGCACCAUCGAGGGUUGCCGAGCGCGGUGGGCGCAUCAAGUGGCUACACGCGCUGCUUGAGGAGAUUCCCCCAGUUGCCCCUGUUUCUGGUGACGACCAUCGCUCAAUGGUCCUCCUGGAACAACCAGAGGUCUUGCUGUCCCUCAUAGAGGGGCUCACCGCGGACGAGCUGCUCCACCACUUCAUUCUGCCCUUGCAGAGACGCUGCGGGCUGCUCGUCGUCUGUUCCGCAGUGGACCCAGCCGGGGAGUCCCCCGAGGGACCACACGCGGUCGAAUGGCGCAGGUUCGUCACGUCGUUACUGUACAUGUCCACUAUAAACUUGCAAUUGCAGCCGCUGGCUACGGGCCACGCGAGGGACGUCACGGGCGUCCUGCACGUCACUAAGGGCGCCAUGGCCCCGGCAGACGGUGUCAAGACACACUGCGUCGAGGCGUCCCUCUUCUACCUCACAGAGAAGGACUCAACAAAGUUGUUCUACAAUUAA